CUUUAUCAGAGCAAUAGGUGGAAAUUGAAACUUAGCUCGCUUCUGUCCCAAAAUUAGGUAACCUAGCCUUCCCUAUAAAAACCCUCCCCAGCUACUAUGUUUAAUCAGACUGCGUUUGGAUGAGGAUCUCAGAUUUGUAGAAGGAAUGUCUGAGGACAAGCUUAAACUGUUGUCCUGCCACUAUACUUGGGACUUGCAAAAGGAAGAUGGUGACCUUAACUUUCUCGAAGUUAAAGUUCGUGAAAGACUGGCAGUGAAAUGCGAGUAUAGAGGAAACCUGAAACAAAGAGAAUUCAAUUUUUUGGCCUUUAUUAAACAUUUACAAGGAUUUAACGAUGAGGCGCUUAAGAACCUGCAACUAGCAAAGAAGGAACAUCCGGACGAUGACAGCAAUGUGAUUGUGACGUAUGGAAACUUGGCCUGGGUGCACAGUCUCAUGGGCAACGUGACUGAAGCUGAGACUUACAUAGAGAAAGUACAUGAAAUCCUUAGAGCUUUGCCUGCACCGUCUCCAGCAGAGUCUCAAAGAGAAGUUCAGAGCGAAAAAGCCUGGUCACUUCUCAAGUUUUCAAGAAAGACCUACAUCAGGGCCAAGGAGAGUUUCCUUGAAGCUUUACAGAAAGAGCCGGAAGACAAGGAAUGGAACACAGGCCUUGCCUUUUCUCUGUUCCGUCUGGAGGGACUGAAGAUUGGCCAAUAUAAGCGUGUACGGUUUGAAGAGUCUCCUGCUGUGCUGCAGUUGAAGAAAGCUCUGAACCUGGACCCAGACAAUGCAAUGAUCCAUGUGUAUCUGGGGCUUAAGUGCUACAAGAGCACAAAGAACGGAAAUAAUGCAGAGGCAUGGCAAUACAUGACGCAAGCACUCACGAUGGCUCCAGAUAACCUCAGUGUGGUUUUGCAUGUUGCCAGAUUCAUGAAGAAAGAGCAGUUUUAUGACAAGGCCCUGAAAGUGUUGCUGGAAAUGCUGAAGAAAGCGCCAGACUCGUCACGUUUACAUCAUGAGCUUGCCAACAACUACCGCUGGAAAGCCAUGCAGAUGAAUGACGCACACAAUCCGGAGCUGCUGGGCCUUUGCAUUCACCAUUUAGAGAGGGGCACCACUCUAAACCCAGGCUACAUAUACCCACGGCUGGAGUUAGCGCUGAGGUAUGCAGAACAAAAGCAGAUGGCGAAAGCAGAGCAGAUGUUCACGGAGCUGUUUGCCCUUCCUGACCUGAAGCCAGCUGACCGUCAAGCCUGGCAUCGUAUGUAUGGGGAUUUCAAACAGUACAGGUUGGGCUCAGAGAGAGCUGCGGUUGAGCAUUAUAAACAAGGAAUGAUGCUGGGGCGAGUGUCCACCGAAUGGAACGCGUGCAGAAACAGACUGAGGAAAAUCCUUCAGCAUGACAGACGCGACACAUAUGAGAUCCGGACGCUCUUUCAUUCCUUCAGAACAGAGAACCAAGAUUAUUAAAAGAGAUCAAAUUAAUCUCUGUUCAAGUUCCUGUCGUAAACUUCAGUCAUGUAAUAACCAUAUAGUAAUAGUUCUGCUGUUUCCUUUUUGAUCCACUGAGUGUUAGCAGAGUUAAAUAUAAGUGUAUUAUUUUUACAGUAUAUAAUCUGUUUUUCCAAAUGUUUAUUAUAAUCAAUUAAUUGUCAGGUAGAUGACAACAACCAGAAAUUUGUGUAAAGACAUUAACAUAAUAUAAUCUUUUCAAGUUAAACCUCAAUUUGUACACUCAUUGUAUGCGUUAUGUAAUGCAGUUUUUCAUGAUGAUUUUUUCCCCCUUUAUGCCUCUUUACGAUGCACUGGUGACUGUAUGAAUCUGAAUUUUAAGGAAAUAAUGAAAAUUAUCAGUGGUUUUAGUUGUUCCAACAUCUAAAAUAUGAUGAAUUGUGUUGAUAAAUUAACAUGACAACUGUU